CUUCCACCACCACAACUUAAACAGGUCAAUUUUCAAGAUGAAGUCUCUCCGCUCUACUCGCUAUCUCAAGGAUGUCAUUGCAGCGCGCAAUGCCCUCCCGCGCUCCUCCAGUCUGAUCACCGCAGCCACGCGCCGCAGCAUCUCAACACGCACCUCCCAGCAUCAUAUUCUCAAACCCACCGUCUCAGUCCCAGCAACACCACUCCAAACCACGCGCCACGCCUCCUCCUCCGCCGUGGCCGAGGAAGAGCUCGCCAAAACCCCCCUCUACGACUUCCACCUCCGCAACGGCGGCAAAAUGGUCCCCUUCGGCGGCUACGCCAUGCCCGUCCAGUACUCCUCCCUCUCCGUCCUCGACUCCCACAAAUUCACCCGCACAGGCUCCUCCCUCUUCGACGUCUCCCACAUGGUGCAGCACCACUUCACCGGCCCCGGCGCGGCCGCUUUCCUCGAGCGCAUCACCCCCAGCGACGUCGCGGGGCUGCCUGUGCACGGGAGCACGCUGAGCACGCUCCUCCUGCCCACGGGAGGCAUUGUGGAUGAUUUGAUCAUUACCAAGCUGUGGGAUGAUCGCUUUUACGUUGUUACGAACGCGGGGUGUCGCGAGAAGGACUUGGCAUACCUCAAGGAGCAGCUUAAGACUUUCCGUCUCGAGAACAGCUCUGAAGUCGAGUGGACGGUGCUGGAGGGUAAGGGGCUGAUUGCCCUGCAGGGCCCGAAGGCGAAGGAGGUGCUUGGCAAGCUUGUUGCGGACCCCGCGCGCGAUGGGCGCCUGUCGAACUUGUAUUUUGGGCAGAGCAGGUAUAUGAAGCUCCAGACUGCUAAGGUGGGCGAGGAGCUCCCAUUCCAGAGCAGCUUGUUGCUGGUUAGCAGGGGUGGAUAUACGGGAGAGGAUGGGUUUGAGAUCUCGAUCCCCGCGCAGGAGACGGAGAGGGUGACGGAGAUGAUCCUCGAGGCUGGUGGUCCGGAGAUGGUACAGCUGGCUGGCCUUGGAGCCAGAGACAGCUUGAGGUUGGAGGCGGGUAUGUGUCUGUACGGCCACGACCUGAACGAGACCAUCACACCCGUCGAGGCUAGCAUGAGCUGGAUCAUCGGCAAGAGGAGGAGAGCAGAGGGCGGAUUCCUCGGCGCCGAGACGAUCUUGCCCCAGCUGAAGCCGAAGGCCAAGGGUGGACAAGGUAUCGAGCGCCGCCGGGUCGGGCUCAUCGUACAGGGCCCGCCGGCCCGCGAGGGCGCGGUGAUCAGGGUGGACGGGAAGGAUGUGGGCGUCGUCACGAGCGGAUGCCCAAGUCCAUGCUUGCAGAAGAAUAUCGCGAUGGGGUAUAUUCAGGAGGGGUUGCACAAGUCGGGGACGCCAGUUGAGGUUGUCGUCAGGGGGAAGGCGAGGAAGGCGGAGGUUGCGAAGAUGCCUUUCUUGGCUACGGGCUACUACAAAAAGGAGGAGUAGGUGCUAUGUUGGGCAGCAUGGGCUUGGUAAUCUAGCCUUGUUUCUUGUAUAGAAGGGACACAAUUCCUACGUUAGCUGGAAGAGAAUCGAACGUGACAAAUGUUAUUUCUGGUAGCCUUGAA